AUGUCGUUUGUAUGCGUCGAGGGAUUCAUCACCACUGUGGUCGAUCUUUUUCCUAACACCCUCCUACGAGGUCGACGACGAGAGAUCUUCUGCGCUGUCAUUUGCCUUGUUUUCUGUAUUCUGGGCAUCCCAAUGGUAACCAAUGGUGGGAUGUACAUCUUUCAACUCUUUGACUACUAUGCGGCUAGUGGCUUCGUUCUCCUCUGGGUCGCUAUACUGGAGUAUGGUGUCAUCGGCUGGGUUUAUGGUGGUAGGCGUUUUAUGAGUGACAUAACAGAGAUGACUGGUGUAAGUUGGAUCAAACCAUACAUGCUAUUCUCUUGGAUGUUCGCCUCUCCUCUCUUCGCUGCUAUCAUUUCUAUCUUCGGUCUGGUUGCCUACGAGCCUUUGAAGUAUGAGGAUGUAUACGUAUACCCCUGGUGGGGCUACAUGCUAGGGAUGAUCAUGAUCGUAUCAUCCCUGAUCAACGUGCCCCUCUUCAUCUUCUAUCAACUCAUCUUUCAAAGUGAAGGAUCUCUUAGAGAGCGAUGGACGGUGUUGACCACAUCGAGAGUACCCGCCUACGUCCCCCCAGGCCCAGCGGCAGAGAAAGACACGGAUUAUAUCAAACUCGCCAAACUCGAAAGCCCGUAAAUCAAUCUUCAGUCAAUUCAAAAUCAACCGAAGCUGACAUGAGAAAAAUGCUCGUUACCUGCCUUUGUCACAC